CUGUCUCUUGUAUAAGACUCAAGGUGGCAGCACUCGCAAAGACGCGAGGCGACCGCGAGAGACAUCACCGCAGAAGAAGAAACCGCUUUGUUGACAUCCUACUCUCAGCUGAAAUCUCUGCCUGUUUGUCGUUCUCGCCUCUCGAAAAGACAUGAAGAAGCUUUUCGAUGACAUCAAGAAGGACAUCAAAUUUAAAUCGGCGGGCCCUGGGAAGAAGCUCACGGAAGAUAGCAGUGCGCCCGAGAGAGGGCAGAGAAGCUCUGGCGGCAAGCAGCAUCACCGCGAUGCUCCCAGCGAAGGAUCCCAACGGGCGGGAGCGGCAGCGCUGGCCAGGAUCGAACAGCAUCAGCGCCCAAAGGUCCACACCUCCCAGGACGCCAUCAGGAACCAGGUGAAACGAGAGCUGGAGGCCGAGGCCGCUGCGGUUGCCGGAAAGGACAAGGCAGCAACUGCAGAGGGAACCGACGUCGCCACGAAAGAGUGUCUCUCUGUGUCCGGCGUGUAUUUCACCUGCCCACUAACCGGAGCCACCCUAACCAAAAGCCAGCGGGAUGCCCACAUCAAGGAGGCCAUUUUGAUGCGUUUCGAGGAGGACGACAUGGAGGCAUCCGUCAUGAUGAUUCACACGUUUAACAAAGACAAAGAGAAGGUGAAGGCGGCCGUGGACAUCAUAAGCAAGUACGUUGAAAAUAUUUGUAAGAAUCCUUCAGAGGAGAAAUACAGGAAGCUUAAACUCAGCAACAAAGUCUUUCAGGAUAAAGUGCGUUGUGUGGAGGGCAGUAGAGAGUUCCUGCAGGCCCUGGGCUUCAUAAGCAUGAUGCUUCCUGUCGACGGUCAAGAGGAGGAAGAGGAGUUCCUGGUGUUGCCCGAGCAGAGUGCCGACGCCCUGGAGCUGAUGAAGGAGAGGCGGGAUCGGUUGCAGCGCGGCGAGCCCGUCCGAGCGCGGCUGGACCGGCAGGCUCAGGCCUUCCGGGCGUCGGACAACGCCACUCGCUUCGAGCUGCCGCCGGAGUUCUACAACCUGAGCGCGGAGGAGCUCAAGAAGGAGCAGCAACAGAGGAGUGAAUUGGUGGAGAAGAACUCCAUGCUUCGUACCAAAGCCAUGAGGGAGCGAGAUGAGCAAAGGGAGAGGAGGAAGUACAACUACACUUUGCUGCGCAUUCGGCUUCCUGAUGGAAACCUGCUCCAGGGGACGUUCUAUGCCUGGGACCGACUUCCCGUGCUGUUCAGCUUUGUGCGAGACUCCCUGGUGGACGGCUGGCAGCCCUUCGAGCUCAUCGCUCCCGGUGGUCACAAGUUGCAAGAGUCCGACGAGGUGGCUCUGGCCGAGUGUAAUCUGGUGCCCGCAGCUCUUCUCUCCUUCGCUUGGGAUGCCGCCGUGCAGGCGGACAUUGCGGCAGCGGGCAGUAAAAAUUCGACCCUGCUCAAACCGGAGCUACAAGAGACCAUUCGCAAUCUGAGCUGAGAGUCGAGAAACUGAAACUGUCCCUCACCAACUGACCAGUAACGCUCGUAUCUAUAACUGUCGUUGCUCAUCAUCUUAACAAAUGUUAACAUUUGCUCACGACACCCAACAGACUGAAGUACAAAGAGAUGCGAGUCAGGAUGCGUGAAUGUGCUGGAUCUGUUGCUCCUUUCACACAAAGAUCCCACAACAAAGACGGGCUAUUGACACAUGGCGUCCCAUAAUGAGAUGGGCAUCCCAUAAUGAGAUGACCUGGCGCCACCAUCUGGUGUGGUGUAUUUAAAAAAAAAAAAAAAAAAAAAAAAAACUUUUUUUGCAGUUGCUUUCAACACAACAGACUGGGCAGUAUAGUGGACUAGUGGUUAGCACAUUUUCCACAGUUUUUAGGUUCUGGGUUUGAAUCUCAGCUACAGCUGUGCUUGCUUCAUUUAACUCUAAAUUGUCCUUUGCUAUAAUUAUGAAUGGAGUGGUUGCCUGUGGACCCUGCAAUUGACUGACAAGCAGUCCAGGGUGUACCCUGCCUCUCGCCAAAAGUCAGCUGUAACCAUAAUGAACACAAGUGCGAAAGGAAUGGAUGGAUGGAACACAGGGUAGGAGAAGUGAGGGGUUAAAAUUCACACCCAUUGUUCAAUGUCCUUACACAGGUGCCACGAGACCCUUUUACACAGCCUGUAAAAGUUGGCAUUUGUCCACCUUUUGAUGUCACGUUUGUGUGUUAACAGCACUAAAAUGGAAUCGGAGUACAAAGUCAACCUGGUAGUACAAUAAUCGCCGCAAAUAGGGGCCGAGCCCUGCCGCGAAUAGCGAAAAACCUCAAGCAAUGCACUUCUCCCUGUUGUGUUGGAAGCAAUUAUUGCGGUCUGCAUUUUAUACAUCACAACAGACAGCAUCUAAUUAUAUGAGUGCGAGACGCCAAGCCAAGAUGGGAAAUCAAAUAUUAUGCCGCCUUUGUGGGGACUCUGCAUAAACAGCCGAGGCGGAUAAAUCCUGUUUGUCGGACACCAAUUUUCGACAUCUUGUGAAAGAAGCUUCUGAUACUACCUCUGAAGGACAUGAAAUUAAUGGGUUGCACCUCAUCUUUCCAUUUAUGCACAUUUCACGGUGAUUAAAACCCAGUCGACAGGGCCACGUGUCAAUAAAUGUAGUUAAAAAAAAAAAAAAAGGCCGGGUGAGUUGUAUUUGUUUGUAUCAAACAUCUACUAGAGGAUCUCGUGCAAAAUCAGAAACGGCAAUGCCAUCAUCCAUCAGUCUGUGAUGCUUCAGUAUUUGUAUUUAGAUCUCAUCUUCCUGCUGAGACAUAAUGCCUUUAUUUUGCUAUUGUUUUCUUGUACAUGAACCCAUUAUCACUCCAGCGGAGGGGGACUUAAUGCACAUUGUUACUUUGACUUCAAUCUGUUGUUUCUUCCAUCUUCCGGCGGACAAAGGUGACGACAAACUACCUCGUAUUGCUCGUCUUUCUAUCAAACACUGUAAUGCAGAUCUAGAGAGUUACGGGGCUCUGUAGUUAUUGUCACCUAAAAGCUAACAACUAUUAUGUCCUCGCAUUUCUCCCUACUCUCCACGUGUUCUAGUUUUCAAAAUAAGUGAGCAGUUUAUGUCAACCUGUUUUUCCUGUAAUAAAGAUUGCGUGCAUUGCAUCGA